GCAGUUAGGGACCAGGACAGAUGGGAGAGCAGGCCACUGCAGAGGCAGUACGCAAUUGGACCCUGAACCUGAGAGAUCCUGUUGACUGUCUGACCAAUAAGGCUGCUCUUCUGGAAAGAGAAUCUUCUUUUUGGCUCAUUCUUACUUAAUAAACAAAACAAACCUGGAACCACAAAACUAGGAGAAAGCGUUUCGACAAAUAGCCCACUUUAAGGAUGCAGGACGGGAGUUGGAAUCAGCCACUCCCCAUCUCUCUGCUGCUAAAAGACUCAGUGGCAGGUGGGAUUUUGGAGGGCGAUGGGGGUGUGUUUUCUGAGGCAUCCUCUGAUGGGGAACUCUACCUGGACUCUGUGACAGAGCUGGAUUCUGGAGAUGGGGACUUUGCAGAUCUUACUUCCUUCUUAAGUGCAGAAGAGUUUAAUCGUAGCCUGGAUCUGGCCUGGGAGGCCUUUGGUGACACAUGUGAAUCUGAAGAUCCAGGUCCCUCUAAUCCUACACCCCAGGAGCAGGUUCUCCAACCUAUCCCCUCCCUCCCUGUGAACACCGAGACUACUGAAAACCUCCCCACAAGCCCGAACCUGCACCACCAGACCAAAGUCCCCUAUCUAGAUGAUAAUGCAGCAGUUAAAGUCUCCUCCAGCCAGAAUGCCACCCACAACAGACCUGAACAAGUGUCCAGUGAGGCUCCGUCCUCUGCUGAGAAAAUUGUCUGCCAAAAACCCAUCCAGCCCGUUUAUAAGCAGGAUAAACCCAGGCUGGUACAUGAAGGCCUGGAGCUGAAUGAUCGUGUGGCUUCAGCCACGGAGUUCUGUAGCCGAGCUGCCACGUUCAUCGAGGAGCUGUCCUCCAUUUUCAAAGGUCCUGCUCGCGUGGAGCAGCAGGUGGAAAAGCACUCGUCCUCUCCUGAUAGUGGCUAUCUGUCUCCCGGGAGCCAGCAGCCAGUCCCUCAGGACACAGUCUCUGCUCCCUCUCUGCCUCGUGGGCAGCAAGAGCAGACACAGUACAGCCAGACAGACACGGGCCCUCAGCCUGGAGGCCCGGUGGGAGUGGCAGCUUCUGCAGGGUACCAACACUCUGGAGCACCAACCACAACUGGAGCCCUCUCCCCUCCUCACUUCCUCCAGAAGCUGAAGAGUCAGGAGGUGGCAGAAGGAAGCCCCAUCCGUCUGGAAUGUCGAGUCAGAGGAAACCCCCUCCCGCUCAUCAGGUGGUUCUGUGAAGGCCGUGAGCUACACAACUCUCCUGACAUACAGAUCUGGAGGGAUGGUGACCUGCACACACUGGUGAUCGCUGAAGCCUUUGAGGACGAUACGGGACGUUACACCUGCGUGGCUUCCAACAGUCUUGGAGCAGACAAUACCUCUGCUGAGGUUUACAUUGAAGGAGCUUCAUCGUCAGACUCAGAAGGAGAAGGAGCAGCGUCGAAAUCCAGAUCAGGAACCAUGCCUCAGUACGUGUGUCUGCAUGACCUCUUGGGACCCCAUGACCCAAUGAACCUUGAAACCCUGAACAGGGUGCAGAAGAAGACUAGUUCAAUGUCCCUAACAAUACGCUCAUCAUCACCCAAAACCCCUGAGGUCCUUCCUCAUCGUUCCACCCUGGUCCAAUCCCUGUCUCAGCCCGCACAGCGGAUGCAGAGCCCGGUGUCGUCACUGUAUGGUGGUGAGGUGUCAGGCCCUCCUACAUUCACUAAGCUUUUACAAGAUGCCCAGGCGUCCGAGGGCCAGGUGGUGGUUCUGGAGUGCAGGGUUCGUGGAAGCCCUCCUCUGCAGGUCCGAUGGUACCGCCAGGGAGAGGAGAUCCUGGACUCCCCCGAUUUUCGUAUUCUCCAGAAAAAGCCUCGAUCUGCAGCUGAGCCAGAGGAGAUCUGCACCCUGGUGAUAGCCGAGGCCUUUCCAGAGGAUGGAGGUCUGUUCUGCUGCACUGCGUCCAACCCGUAUGGCUCCAUAAACAGCAGGGCCCAACUCACUGUCACAGCAGCCGAGGACUCAUCCAGUAAUGGCAUGUCUGGUGAUAGCUCAGGGUUUGAGGGUACGGCAGCCUUCCCCCCUCCUCCCCCACCCACAGAGAUCAGCCUCCUGGAGCUGCCACCCAAGAUGCUGCCUCAUACCGGCACUGAGGCUUUCCAUAUCAAGGAGCUGGAGAUCUGGCCCAGUGUGUCUGCUCUGCCUCCAGUACAAAUAGGCUCAGAGGUGGAGGACAAGGAGAAGUCGAAAGAGUCUAUACAGAAUGGCCAACCCCCAAGUCUGCCAUCACUUCCAAGCCCACCUAAAGAGACCACACCCCCAUCCCCAACUCCAUCUCUAUCACAGUCUGACCCCAUGGCAGAUGACCCAGUCAGAGCCCAAAGUCCAGCUCAGGGGGCACCAGACACACCUCCAACCCCAGGCAAGCUGUCUCCAUCCCCCACGAAGGAUGGUCCUCCACUGCCUACCAAGCCCAAACCAAAGCUAGCUGAGAAUAUAGAGGAGGAGACAGAAAAUAACAGCAACGCGUCCCAGCUGAAGCAGCUGCAGGACCAGAUUCUGUUGGAACAGCAGGAAGCAGCGAACUGGCAGCAGCAGCAGCAGGAGCAGCAGAGCCAGGAAGUCCCGCCUCCACCCCGGCAAGCGCCUCAGGAAGUGCCUCCACCUGCUCCACCAUCUCCACCUCUCCCCCCUCCUCCCUCCUUCCAGGAGUUGGAGAGCAGCGCUACCAUGCAGGCCAGCACCUUCAACUACGCCCGGCCCAAGCAGUUCAUUGCUGCUCAGAGCCCCGGCGGGGCGGGCUACGUCACCCAGUCCUCUGGCUCCUCGGGGUCCAGCUUGUCCUCCCCCAUGUCUCCUCCCACCUCGCACAAGCCCUUCGGGAGAGUCACCAUGCCCCCUUUCACCAAGGCCAGCAGUGUGGAGUCUCCAACCUCACCCUCCUUCCCGCCUCCACCUCCGCCCUUCCUCAGCUCCAGUAACCUGUCCUCUCCAUCAGGCCCCGCCCAAGACUUCCCUCCUCCCCCGCCUCCGCCUCCUCCACCUAUCUCCAUGUCUCCUACCCACUCAGAUAUGUCCUCUCCAUUCUCCUCCGUCCCUCCAUCUCCAGCCUCCAGCUUCCUGUCCUCAGUGUUGCCCUCCACACCUUCCUCACCCGGCAGCCCUACAUUCAACUCCCUGGGCCUUCCUAAAGGCAAUGGGACUGUCAAAGCGUUCCCCAGGAAGUCCUCGGUCACCAAGACGCCUCGCAUCGCCUCUGACUCGGACAUCCAGGGAUCCAAGGACGCCGUCAUCCAGGAUUUGGAGAGAAAGCUGCGCUUUAAAGAGGAGCGCAUAAGCAAUGGUCAACAGAGGUUAACCUAUGAGGAGAAGAUGGCUCGCAGACUGCUGGGUGCGGACAACGCUGCCACAGUCUUAAAGACACAGGACACAGAGGAGGAGCCAGUCACACAGGAAGACAAGUCAUCUGAUAGAGAAUCUUACCCUCAAAAGGAAUACAAAGUGUCAAGCUUCGAGCAGCGCCUGAUCAGUGAGAUUGAGUUCCGUCUGGAGCGUUCUCCGGUGGAGGAGUCAGACGAUGACGUGCAGCACGAUGAAGACUCCGCUGGCCAGGGGGUGGCACCAUCCUUCGAUCAGAAACUCAAACACUACAAAGUCUUUGAGGGCAUGCCGGUCACAUUCUCCUGUAAGGUCAAAGGAGACCCCAAACCAAAGGUCUACUGGUUUAAAGAUGGCAAGCAGAUCUCCAAGAGGAGCGAGCACUACAGGAUCAGCCGUGAGGCUGAUGGAACCUGCUCCCUGCACACAGCUGCAGCCUCACUGGAUGACGACGGCAACUACACCAUCAUGGCAGGCAACCCUGAGGGCAGGGUGAGCUGCACUGGCAGGAUGAUGGUCCAGGCGGUGAACCAGCGAGGCCGUAGCCAACGCUCGGCACCUGGACACAUGCGCAGGCCCAGGUCCAGGUCUAGAGACAGUGGUGAUGAGAACGACAACAUCCAAGAGCGUCACUUCCGCCCCCACUUCCUGCAGGCGCCCGGUGACCUCAUCAUUCAGGAGGGCCGACUGUGCCGGAUGGACUGCAAGGUGAGCGGCUUGCCCACUCCUGACCUCAUCUGGCAGCUCAACGGACAGACCAUCCGCCCCGACUCCGCCCAUAAGAUGCUGGUGAGGGAAAACGGUGUGCACUCAUUGGUCAUUGAGCCCGUGACCAGCCGUGACGCAGGCAUCUACACCUGCAUCGCCAGCAACCGAGCCGGGCAAAACUCCUUUAACCUGGAACUCAUUGUUGCAGCCAAAGAGAUGCACAAGGCCCCUUCAUUUGUCGAGAAGCUGCAGAACACAAGCGUGGCUGAGGGUCAUCCUGUGCGACUGGAGUGUCGUGUCACAGGGGUUCCCUACCCACAAAUCUUCUGGAAAAGGGAGAAUGAGUCGUUCACUCACAACACAGACAGAAUCAGCAUGCACCAGGACAACUGUGGGUACCUGUGUAUGAUCAUCCAGCCGGCCAUGAAAGAGGAUGCUGGCUGGUACACUGUGUCAGCCAAGAAUGAUGCAGGCAUCGUAUCCAGCACUGCACGCCUCGAUGUCCACACUCAGUGGCAGCAGCCCAACCUCCCCAAGCCAAAGAAGGUGCGUCCCUCCACCAGCCGCUACGCCGCACUGACAGAGAGAGGGCUGGAUGUCAAGGCAGCGUUCUUCCCCGACUCCAGCCCACUGCAGCCCGGUGGCCUGGUGGAAAGCGAUGACCUGUAAAGACAACAGGCAGGCGCGAGCAUUGCGACGUCACCCCCCCAAAGCAACCCUGGAAGCUGCCCUCGCUCCCAGCACUCCUGAAACAGAUACUUUAUGAUGUCGAGGGGGGAGGGGCAGAAUAUAACCUCUUCCACCAUCUUUGAACUGCAGAUACAGAACUAAAGGGUCAGUGGGCAGAGUGAGCUGGUGCAGCGGUGGUUUUCUUAUGUUAUAGUAUGACAUGACCCAUUAUAUUACAGAAUUCAUCAAGGUGUUUCCCCAAUCUUCAAUUUUAUCAACUGGACCUGGAAAAUGAUUGAAGUGUUUACCACGAGAAAAGCCUGUUCAAAAAUAUGCUCUCUCAUGUCUCGUGAACUGUUCAGUUGACUCUGCGCUGCAAAGGGUCUCCUGUUAAAGGGCCUCUCAUUUCUGUGAAGAUUUAAGAAAAACAAAAAACAAAAAACAAAAAUGAAAGUAUAGAAUUACUAUGCAUGUUCAAGUGGUGCCAUUUGCAAUACACAGAGUAAUACUGUAUCUAUAAGUAGUCCAAUGUGACUAGGUGUAGAGAAGACUUAAAAAGAGACUGAAUGAUUCAAAGCAUCAUAGCUUUGAAUAAGGAGAUCACAGACUUUUAAUAUGUGGGCUUGUGUAGCACAGUGCUGAUAUCUACAGUAUCUGAUUAUAGUAUCAUACAGUCUCAGUGUUGUCAGGUCAUGGCUUAGCUUACAGAUACGGGAGAAGGCCGGGCCUUACAAACAGUAUGUUUAGUGUUUAUGAAAUGAGAUUUAGGUAAAAGAAAGCUUUCACGUGGAUGAGAUUUGUUUGUUUGUGGGUGCAGCUGAACUUAAGGAAGUCUGGAUCAGACAGGAAGAGGCAAGAUGGAAAAAGCAGGUUUUUGUAAUGGACAACAACUUUAGUGUGGUAGAUGGGAUGUGAAUGACAGUGGCAGGGGUGAGGAUGACAGUCGUUAUAUGGAAAGAUGGAAAAUUAGGAAAACUUUUGGUGAUGGUGGGUCAUUUUGGUGAUUUUUUUUUUCUUCUCUGGUUUAUUUUACAAGUGUGAAUUGAAAAUGUUCUCACUCAAAAGAGGGUGCUGUGAAAGGUUUCAGUGUAUUUGUCACACACAUCACAGAAUGUCCAUUUUAUUUUUGUAUGGAAAAAAAAAUAAUUUCCCAACAGUCUUGACAUAAAUUAUAUCAGCAACAUUUUGUUCACUGAUAAAACAAUCCUUAUUUGUUUUAUAAAUAUAUUUACCGCCUUAAAUCACUUUUAGGCUUAAUGCAAACACAAUUUCUUUGCAUGUUAUUUUUGGACACUCGUACAGUGCCAAACAACCUUUACAAGAAUGUACAAAAACACAGCUUUUUUCCCCCAGUAAUCGUGGGUAGCAAAAACUCUUCGGCUGGUGAAAAGUGAAAAGCAAGGUAUAUUUAUAUCUACUAUUUUUGUCACCUCUGUAAUACUAUACAAAGUGGGCAUCUUUUUCUGUCUGUUCAGAGCUUGCAUCAGCCAACAGUUACUGUGUUUGCACAUUUCUAUGCCAAUCAAUGCCUGUAUAUGGAUUGUUCUCCUGACAUUAUUUUAGGUUAUGAAAGUUAAUAAAAAUCUCC